AUGCGUUCUGCUAUUCUUACCGUUUCGUUGGCUUCGGCCGUGGCUGGAGCUGCGACUGGGUAUCCCGGACAGCAUACAUCUCCACCAGAAACUCAUUCGCAAUGGAGUUUGCAGAAGUUCACGUCGUUGGUGACCUUUGGCGACAGCUAUACCGAUGACUCUCUGCUCCAAUACUUUGCGGAUCACAAUGGCUCUGCUCCACCAGUCGGCUAUGUCAAUCCUGCCAACUAUCACUCCGCCUCCGGCGGCCGUCCCUGGCCUCAAUACGUCAAACAAUACGCCCCAGGCGGCGUGAACCUCUACAACUAUGCCGUCGCCGGCGCCGUAUGCAGCAACAACAUCACCCCUCGCAUCCUCGACACCGGCACCGCCUCAUUCCUCUUCCCGGCCAUCGAACAAUACGAGGUACCCGCCUUCAUCGCCGAUGCAGCAUACACCCUGCCCGACGGCUCACCCUUCAUGAUCAACCCGCCGGACGAAACCGUCUAUGCCAUCUGGAUCGGAACCAACGAUCUCGGACAAGCGGCGCUGUUGACGGACUCGCAGGUCAAAGGGACUAACAUCGUCAACUACACGGACUGUGUCUUCAAUCAGAUGAAGUCCGUCUAUGACCAAGGCGGGAGGUAUUUCGUGUUGAUGAAUAUCGCGCCGUUGAACUUGGUGCCGCUGUAUGGUCUGCCGGAAGCGGGUGGCGUGGGCAAUACGACGAGUCUGUGGCCGAACAAGGGCGACAACUUGACGUAUUAUUCGUAUCGGAUGGAGGAGGAGGUUGUUUCGGUGAAUGAGAUUUUCGACUAUAAGACGCCGUUUUUGACGAAGAUUGCGGAGACGUUCGAGGGGGCGGAGGUUGCUAUUAUGGAUAUGCAUGGCUUGAUCUCGGACAUGUACUACAAUCCCUCAGAGUACUUGAACGGCACCGCUCCGCUGAACGUUACGGGCUUCUCGCACCAGUGCGAUGUCAAAGGCGCGAACUGCGUCGACUCGGACAGUCCGGAUAGCUUCUUGUUCUAUGAUGCGCUGCAUCCUGGCGAGCAGGCCGAGAGAGUCUUUGCGAGAGAGUUCUUGGAUGUGGUGAAUGGCUGUGGCCGGUGGGCGACGUAUUGGUCGAGUUGUUAG